CCCCUCAGGGGAACCCUCGUCCUGAAUGCCCAGGAUUUGGUCUUGCAGGCUCUACCAACUCUACAAAUUGGGCCCGGACAUACAACAAGUAGCGCCAUUUAUAAGGUAUCCUUUACAGGGAAAAUGCGCCCUUGGGAUAGCUUCGUAUCCGACGUUGAGAGCCUCUGCAAUGCCUUUCAAUGGAAAGGAAAUCGUGUCGCGAACACAGACUCGGCACCACUCCCCCAUCACCUGUCCCGCGAGCAGAUCUCAGUUGGCGAUGAGACUGGAGCGCAGGGGCGGUUUAAUCAGAACGUGGGACAGGUCAUGGGAGGAGUGUUUCUGUCGGAAGGGCUUGACAUUAAAUUUGGCGACUUCAAAAGUUGCGUUCUUGAUGAGGUCUACAGUCGCGUGCCCGACUCAGUUAUGCGGAGGGGUGCCGGUUCUCCCCUUGCAGUUGGGGAAAUGAAAUCUCCAUGGGUGUCAAGCCACAGAAUAAGAGAUACUCUUCUGGCUUAUAAAGAGUUCAUAUAUAUGCGUGAUUUAAAGCUGAAAUAUGCAUAUCUCUCAAACUAUGAAGAGGCAAUGUUUUUCUGCCACAAUGACCCAUUGGGUGCCCACCAGACGGAGCUCCUUUACUCUGAUGUGAUUGACUUCAGUAACAGAGCAGUAACCGGGACAUCGGUGACUAUCAGGCAGUGCUUCUUCUACGUGGGGGUGUGUGCGGCACAGCAGCCCAACCAUACAACUUCAGAGUCAAGGACCACGGGCUGGGUCAAGGAUAUGGUUAUGAAAUAA